AUGGAUCAGCGGCAGCAGCUGUCGGAAGACAGUUAUCAGCUGGUGGUGUCUUGCCAAGAAAGGUGCUUGGUGUUGAUAAGAUUAGGCCGUACGUCGGCCGCAACGUGGCUGCUGGCACAGCGCUCACUUCUUAACGAAGGACGAAACAGCUUAUGCCUUUUGGAUUGGGGGCUUUCCAAGCAUGGCACAGGGCGCCUCACGCCGGAUCCCAGAGAGGAAAUAUGGCGUAAGCGAAGGCGAUCCUUGGAAGGCCCAACAGGGGUGGCGCCUUCCGGGGGCGGCAAAGCUUGGUAUUGGGGGCGGCGGGCGAGUCAGGAAUCUGGGCCUUUUGUCAACUGUGGAGGAUGUCCUCAGCCCGUGCUAGUUGUACUUAAUCGGCGGGAAGAAGACGGAGAUGCACGGGCUUGUGCCGUAGAUGCACUUCACUGUUCUUGCAGGAUUUCGCGCGCGGAUGCGAGCUGGACUGGCUGGAAAGCUGGCUGGCUGUGCCGCCGCCGAACAGGGCUGCAGGCUGGGGCCUGCGUCGCUGGAGAUGAGGGAAGCGCCGCCGCGGCGUCCGUGCUCAGGAUUAAGACCGGAUGCUUGAGUGCAUCCAUCGAUCAGCAAAUCCGUUGGAAACGUGGCACAGCGCAAGUGCGAGAAAGCAGCCGGGCAUUGCUUCGUCAACAAGAGCGUGAGGCUGGUGUUGAAGGUUUUGAGAGCAUUCGUGCCUGCCCAAGGAAGGUGCUGCUCUUCAAGGUACUUGGUGCCUGGUAA